AUGCUGAUUUUGUCUCCCCCGAGUUUGUGCCAGGAUAGCCCAGCGACCUGCUUUAUCAAAAGACGUGACACGGCGCAACCUCGUACGAGCGAAAACCAGCCCGCCAUGCAGCCGUCAGCGCUCUUGGGCUUUGCCAGCUUCGCCGCGGCUGCGGCCGCGGCCGCCUCCGCACCUGCGCCGUACAUGGGCGGCGACACCUCUGGCUGUGGCAAGACUCACCUCUUCAACGCAUUCCCCAAGAUCCGCAGCCUCAAGUCGGGCGGCCAGGACCGCGGCUACCUGGCGCACGUUCCCGAUGGCUACGACAAGAACCACCGGUACCCCGUGAUUGUGGGCUUCCACGGAUCCAGCAGCGUCGGGUUCUUCUUCGAGGCGGACACGGGGCUUGAUCUGCCCAAGUACACGAGCGACAAGAUCAUGGUCUACCCCAACGGCCUCGGCGGCGCGUGGGCGGGCGCCAACUACUCGGUGGCGGGCGUCGACCAGGACCUUCAGUUUGUGUGGGAUCUGCUGGCCGACGUGCGCAGCAACUUCUGCGUCGACAGCGCGCGCAUCUACGCGACGGGUAUGUCGAGCGGCGGCGGCUUCGUCGACACGAUUGCGUGCAACGCCACGGUCGGCGGCGAGUUUGCGGCGUUUGCACCGGCAUCUGGGUCGUUUUACACAAAUAAUGACGAGAAUCACCAAAAUUGCAAGCCCGCGCGGGUGCCGACGCCCGUGCUGGAGUUUCACGGUGGCGCAGACGAGUCGGUGCGUUACAACGGCGGCCAAGGUGAAGGCGGCAUUGAGCCAUCCAUCCCGAAUUGGUUGAAGCGAUGGGCUGAUCGGAAUCAAUGUGACACCCCCAACAAGCAGGAAGAUUUGUACGACGGCGAUGUGCACCAUCUCAGCUGGACAUGCAAGGGCCAGGAGGGUGUGCUGCAGCAUUACAAAACUGAUGACCAGAAGCACGACUGGGCCUCUCCUUGGCCUAACUUUUCGCAGCUGGCAGCAUUGGACAAGCCAACCCAUCUCGAAGCAAGUGCUCUCAUUCAGGAGUUUUUCAUGAGAUUCAUGCGACCGGCAGAGGCAUGUAAAGUAAAUUGCCGAACGAGUGGAUGGCCGGUAGAUACGUUAAAAUGA